GGGGAGAAAGGGAUGGAGGAAAACAGAUGAUGAGCGAAAGGAGGAGGAGGAGCAGAGAGGAGGCAGGCACUCACAGCGACAACAGCAGGACAAUGGACCGUCUCCGCUCCAGAUUAUAACGGACACCGGGUUUGCUCCAACUAACUGGAUUACCAGGAGGCGAACGUAAAGCAGCACCAGGAUGUGGCCCCCUUUAUUCCUGUUAGUCUGCCGUUCACCCAGGGGCUUUUGACUUACCAAAAAUGAUGAAGACUGAACCCCCAACGGCCACAGGGGGCAACGGGGCCUCUGGUGGGAACAACGGGGGUUCCAACCUGCGGAGUCCCUCGCCUCACCGCAAUGCCUACGAGGCAGGGCUGGCGGCUCUGAAGAAGGCCACCGACCAUCUCAACAAUGCCGCCAAUGGAGCUCCAAACCCCGGCUCCAAACCUCCCCUCCUCCCCCGCCCGACUGGAAGGGGCAAGCAGUACGGAUCCAACGUCCACCGCAUCAAGAACAUGUUUAUGCAGAUGCAGUCUCCAGGUGAUGAAGAGGAUGGUGCCAAAAUGUUAGGUAAGGAAGAGGCUCUGAAACUAUCAAUUCCAAGGGCCUCAAGUCUCAACGAGAAUGUCAACCACAGCGCCUUGCUGAAACUUGGAGAUUCAGUCUCAGAGAGAGUCAACAGGUUUGACUCUAAAACAGGAUCAGAAGGUGGAAACUCAUCUGUUGGUCUGUCCAAGCUCCAGGAAACCAGGAGAAUCUUUGAACAACGAACUCUACAGGAGAAGCAAGCAGCUACCAACCGCAUCUUGCUGAAAAAGGAGCGUGCUUCGGGCUUUCAGGACAGCCGUCUAGACGUCGUGGCCCGCUUUAACGGGUCAACAGAAGCUCUAGACCGACUGGACGAUCCUCCAGUGCCCCGUCCUGUUCCGUCCGCUGCGGCUUCAGUUGGCCCGAGUGAGGCGGUCAGCCCCACUGUGAGCCAACUCAGCGCGGCGUUUGAAAAGGGCGACGUGCGAAACAACCUCUACCUCCCCCAGCGUCGGUCAGCCCCUGCCUUAGCGCCAAAACCCAAACCUCCAGCUAAAGGAGAUGCAACUGAAAAAAAGGCACAUUCUGUUGGUAAGGAGGCCAAAAAGGAGCUAACAUCAGAAUCAACAAACACCACGGCAGCUCUGCCACCGGAAGCAGCAGGUUCUGUACAAAGGAGCACUGCAGGACAGGCUACCUGCCAAGAAAACGAUGGGUUUGGACUGUCAUUAGACCAUCACUUAAACUCAUCGACGCCUUCAAUUACAGUGACUGUAACGUCUGCCUCAUUUGAGGCAAAACCCGAGUCCCAGUUGGAAGGAAGCGAAGAAACAGAUUCAACUAUGGUGGAGUCGGAGGCCAAAGAAAAGGACGUGUCCAAUGAGGCAACCGGAGGGACGUUGGUGCAAGCAGAGGUUCACGCUUCACUAGAAAAGAAAGAGAAAGAACCUCCGCCUUCCUCCGCUGAGAAAGAAGACUCUGAAUGGAUGGCAGCAGAAGAGGACGAGAACGACGAGGACGGCUCACGCAGGGAGGAUUACUCGGAGGGAGAUCUAGUAGAAAUCAGUGCUUACAGCGGAAUCGGCGAGGAGGAUUCAGGAGGAAGCCAGCUGGACGAUGAGGAUGACGAAGAAGACGAGGAGCCGUAUCAGCCAGAGAGCAGUUGCUCUGAGAUGCCCGGUCUCCCCGAAGAAGAGGAGGCCCCGCCUCCCAGCAGAAAAAUUUGCUUCAGCACAGACCCAAUCAAGGUCUUCACCACCUACUCUAAUGAAGACUACGACCGGCGCAAUGACGACGUUGACCCCAUGGCUGCCUCGGCCGAGUAUGAGCUUGAAAAGAGAGUCGAGAAGCUGGAUUUGUUUCCCGUCGAGCUGGAGAAAGACAGCGACGGCCUCGGGAUCAGUAUCAUUGGCAUGGGAGCAGGAGCGGACAUGGGCCUGGAGAAGCUGGGGAUCUUCGUUAAAACUGUCACGGAGGGUGGAGCUGCUCACAGAGACGGCAGGAUCCAGGUGAACGAUUUGAUAGUGGAGGUUGAUGGGACCAGUCUGGUUGGCGUCACCCAGAGCUUCGCCGCCUCUGUCCUCCGCAACACAUCAGGCACAGUCAAGUUUGUUAUUGGCAGGGAAAAGCCGGGGGAGCAAAGCGAAGUGGCUCAGCUGAUCCAGCAGACUCUGGAGCAGGAGAGAUGGCAGAGAGAGAUGAUGGAGCAGAGAUACAAACAGUACAUGGACGACGACGAAGAGACUGGCGAAUACGCUACAGACGAGGAGGAGGAGAUGAGCCCGAUGUUUCCGAACUCCAUCGAAGUUUUUGACCUGGCGGAGAACCAGGACACCUUGUCUCCUGUAGAGCUUGAUCCUGAGAAGCUAACCCACAAAUUCAAGGAGCUCCAGAUUAAACAUGCGGUUACGCAGGCAGAGAUCCAGCUGUUAAAGAGGAAGCUGGCUCAUGCGGAGCAGGAUAAGUUGCGUUGGCGGAUGGAGCGCGCUCAGUUGGAGCAAAACAUCAGAGACAGCAAGGAGAGGAUGGAGAAGCUCGAGGGCUACUGGAUGGAGGCACAAUCCCUGUGUAAGGCUGUGGAUGAACACCUGAAAGAAACCCAGGCCCAGUAUCAAACCCUAGAGAGGAAAUACAACAAAGCCAAGAGAAUGAUUAAAGAAUACCAGCAAAAGGAAGUCGAGUACCUGAAGAAGGAGACCGCUCAGCGGCUUGCACAAGAAGAGAGUGAGGCGACACACAAAGAAGAAACAGACAACCUGCAGGAAAAGAUUACAGACCUGGAGACCAAAGUGGAUGCCUUGAAGAGCCCUUCACCACCCUAAGCUGCUGCUGAGUCCUACCUCCUAUCUGUGACCAGAAGAGGGGGUCCUCAGCCUUCAUUCAGACCAGGGCCACAUUAAAUCCCAACUACCCAUCUGCUGCACGGACAGACCUGUUAAAAAAACUAAAAGCGGCAAUCGUAAAAGAGAGGCUGAGGAGGACGCCGCUCCUCAUCCCCUCCCAGAAUGCACCACCUGUAAUAACCGGAAUCCUCCUCUUGUGUGUCUUCCUGUCAACCAGCUUGGCAAUCAACUAAAAUAACAAUCACUUGACUUGUACCCCGUCUGUGGAUUUUUUCCCCCUCUCGUCAUCAAUGGUAUCUUUCCAGGUUCUAAUUAUAAUUCAACUGACUUCGUUUAAAACAAACAAAAAAAAAAAAAGGAAAAAAAAAAGCGCUUUUAAUACCCAGGCUCGUCACAAAGUGCUUUAUAGACGGUGGGCAUGAAUGCAGAACAAAACGGAUCAGAGGACAAAUGAUUGUUGCUUUUUAAACUCAGUGAACCACGAGUUUGCUUCUUUUUUUUUUCCUCACAAAGAGGACAAGUUGUUCUUCUGUUUGUUGGCGUCGAUCAAUGGACUCAACGACUACUGAGACGAAGAGCGGUGGACCUGGCCGAUGACCAGACAAGAAAUCCUGAUAGGGAACACAAUGUUUAAAAGGAAAAAGCCAACAGAACGCUGGUAGUUAAGUAAUAAAUAGAAUUCUAAAAAAAAAUAAAUAAAAAAACUGAAAGACGUUUCUCAUCCAAGCCUGUGAAACUGCAGAGAGCCUUGGAAACCCAUGUCUGUGGUUUCCCUCCUUCAGCUGACAGUGUGUCUACCAUAAAGUCUGAAUGGCGGAGGUGUAUAUACUCUCUACUCGUUUAUUUAAAAGCUCUUAACUAGCUUAGGCGGGUUGGUUGGAUCUAGUAGAUCAGAACGAGGCAGUGUCAUGAGUGAAUGAUGCUUCAUAUUGCUCAGUUUCAUCUCUUUUUUUAAAAUCUACAUCAGUGGCAAACAGGGUGUAAGCAUUCUAUUCUGUGCGGGUGGAGCUUCUCAUGUUGUGUGCUGUCGGUGUCUGCGAUAUCUGUGGGCUUUACAGGCGAGCCGAAGCUUCAGCUCUAAGUUCUUUUACGUAAGACGGGUUUUUUUUAGCUGGGUUUCAGAAUGCCAAGUGCAGUGACAUUCUGAAGCUGCGUUUCCAGUAAAAUGUGCAUAAAACUUUGUUGACAUUGUUCCGUCAAUGUUAAAAAAAACCUAUUUCUCAAAGUGUUUCUAGUAAAUAAGAAACGCAAUUUAAAUCACAGGUUCUUCUUCUUCUUAAUUGUGGUCGGCAAGUAAUCACACAUUAAUAAAUUUGUUCACGUGGCAAUUUGUUAAAAAACCUUCCUGUUGUCUUCUUCGUCUUUUCCGCCAGGAGUAACGUCCGGCUGUUGACCACAUGACUCCUGUGAUGCGGAGAAAAAGUGUUUUUACCGUCAGACUGAAAAACCACUUCAUCCUAAAGCAAAAGUUUUUUUUUCUUUUCCUUUUUCCGAAAUUGCAGUGUUUUCAUUUCGCAAUUCCAAUUUGCGCAAUUUUACAGUCGAUGGAAAUGCAGCUUUAGACUGUUGUGUGACGCAUUAAUGGUGAUAUUUUCUUCCAGGUUUGGAUUUAAGAUGCUCCAAACGUUUCGGAGUCUGACAAUUGUUUUAAGAACAAAUGAUUGGUUGUGGGGGGAAAAACGUUCGACAUUAAGUGUCCACACCCUGUUAUAGGAUCAGGCUUUUGUGUUUUGAACAAAACAAAAUCAACAAAAUUAUUGAACAAUAUUCUCCUGUACUGUUUUUACUGACUUCUACAAAGCUGCUUAAAUCUAGUUUUUUUAAAGUCAUAAAAGUAUUCUGAUUCUUAAGAUAAAAAUGAAAAUGAAAUGAAAGUGUUCUGGUAGGGGAUCAGUAGAUUAUCUUCAGUCUUUAUUUGAUGUAAUGACAAAACCCCAUAUAAGCAAAAAGAGCAAUAAUUAGAUCUUGAUACUUUUAGAACUAACAUGUUUAUUUGAUACUUUGUGUUAAACGGGUUUUAAAAAAAACCCUUAUUCAAAAACUAUUAAAUACCAACAACCCAAAUAAGUCCCUUAUAAGAAGAAGCCUAUUGUGAGCCCACAUAGUAGUUGGUCCCACACUGACUUUAGUUGGGUUUUUGGUGUUCUAGAGCUCUAUCAAGGUUUAUAAACUGUCAAUAUCUUACCUGCAAUAGAUUAUUCUUUUAGCUUAUGGACUUUGAUGAAAGAGAAAGCCGAGUUAGUAGAAGUUGACCCAAAAGCAAAGCAAAUUUCUACUAUAAUAAAACAAUUUCCAUCUUAGAAAUGUUACAGUUGUUCAUUGGAAAGUUAUUUUUGCAGGUUUGCUAAUUCUAAAAAUAAAUCUUCAGUUAUUUACAGGGCAUUCUGGGUAUGUUAACCCAGGUGACUUGCUUAUUGUUAAACGGAGUAUGUUACGAUAAGUUCGUCCAAGAAACUGUAAUGCAAAAUUAUAAGAAUAACAUAAUUUUAUUGAUCAUCUGAUUAAUUUUUUUAAAUAUAUGUUUAAACUUUAUGAAAAGAACUCAGGUGUUCAUUUCAGGGACACUUGAGAUAGUUUCUUUUGCUUUUCACGUUACAUUCUGACAGAUCCAACUUGUUUGCUUGUUGAAAAUAAUUGACUUAUGUAAAUUACCAUAAGAAGUUAAGAUGACUGCUGAGAUCCCCUCAACAAAACCUACUCUGAAAAUCUAUACUAUCCCUUUUGAAUUUCAUUUACAUUUUUGAUAACAGUGUUAAAAAUGUCAAAUUCAUUACAAUUUUUGAAAACAGACUUGAAUAUACUGUUGAACUUUUAGUAUGAAAGACCGUUUGAAAUUGUACCUCCAAAAAUUUACACCCAAAAAGGUGAAUUGAUUUACUGAACAUGUAACGUGUCACUGCCCUGAGUGCAGAAUAGUUCAAUUCUGUAAAGUUUAUAUUUCAGCAUGCCAUGUUGAUUUUCUGCAUGUAACUGUACUUAGCUAGCCUGUAGGUUGCUACAAGACAAACAUGCCAGUAGCGAAUGAUUUCAUUCUAACAAACUUUUGUAAGGGUAAAAAACUGUAGCUCUCACAAAAAUAACAUCUAACAGUUACUUUACCUUCACAUUUAAUUUAGUAUAUGCUCUUACCCAUCAGCUAGCAAAACCUUAUUGUGUAAAUGGGCAACUAAAAAAUCACUUUUUGAAUGUGUGUCCUUAUCCUUUAGCUAGUAACACCUUAUGGUAACAGGCUUUUUUUAAACAUUCAUAUUUGAAACACUAAUUGCCCUUAACCACUAGCUGGUAAAAACCUAUGCUAACGGACGUCUAAAUAUUACAUUAUAUUUAUAUUUGAACACAUAUCAGUACGUGUAAACCGUUAGCUAGUAAAACCUAGCAAAGGUUUAGCUUAAUUUCUAAAGCUUUAUUUGCUUUAGAAAUUAAGCUAACAGGGCAUAGUGGUUUAACUUCUGGGUGACAUUAGGGUGGGGACACUUGAACAUGAUAAAGCACCAAGUUUAUUAUCCAGAAAAUUCUGUGCAUGUAAACAAACGUUAGCCAAAAAUUAGAUGCUCCCUGUGCCAGUAUUCAGCCUACAGAGUUUGAGUCAGUGACAGCUGCCUAAAAUAGGGAGAUAAGAUCUCUUAGGGGCAUUUUGAUGGUGUAUCAAAUUUAUUGUCAUGGUGGUUCAAAAAUAAAUCAUGUCUUUGCUCUGGUAAAUGCUAAAAGACGCUAGGAAUGUUUGGAAUGUGAGUCACUUUGCUUUUUAAAUGCUGAGAAUAGACUAAUCGGCCUUGUCACACUGCUGUUACAGUAUUCUGUAUGUUUUUACAAUUAUAUAUUUAACUGUUCAGUUAUUAAUGGUGUCCACUGGAGAUUAGUUAUUUGUGUGGAUGGUCUAAACGGUGCUUUAGGACAGUAUAAAAGCUGUAUAGAUUGAGUUGCUGUUGUCACCGAGAGCAGCAGGUUUUUUUUGUCUCUUAUUUGUUUGAAUUCAUUCAUGAAUGCGUUUAUUGAGACAGUGCAGCUUGCUGGCAAGCUCUGAUUAGGACACAUUACUGUUAGUACAGUAAGAAAUUGAACUGGGCCCAUGUUGUUUUGGUUAGAAAUUAAUUAAAUAUGUAGUUUCUUUUCGUUUUACAUCCAGAAAAAUGUCUGUCUUAAAGGAGUUCUCAUCUUCAAAAAUCUUACAAUACAAAUAUCAAAUACACAUGUUUACAUUAUAUCCUCACAGUACAUGUUUUAUUAGUAUUUCUAUGUUCAGACUGUAGGUGUCAUGAUUAAGCAAUGAACAUUUGGCCGAAUUUAGAAUAAACUGGACUAUGAGCUUCAUAUUUUUGUUUGAAAACAUUUUUGUUAAGAACUCCAGCCUGCUGUAUACGCCGUACACAAUUCAGAUUUUGUAACCAUUUACAUUUAAGAAACCUGCAGUACGUUUAAACCGGAAGUCGAACUGGAAGGGAACAAGCUUGUUUGAAAGACUUUUUGUUUGUUUUUAAAAGAAAGAAAAAUCAGCCAUAAGCAACUCACUUGAGUCCUAUUAUGUCUUUAGUAUUUUUAUUACAGUUUCAUCUCUAUUUUGAACUAAUGUGAGCUGUACAAUAGCUGUUGUAUCACCAAAACCGUGGUCACUUUGGGUUUGCCGUCUAAACACAGAAAGUGAUCAGUCUGCCUUUUAAUGAUGUAUUAGUUAACAUGCUGCUUUUGCCUCUAUGACGCCUUUACAUGUGUUUUACCUAAUGCUGUCGGCCAUUACUCCAUUGUCUACCCAUUGCUCAUGUCUGCAUUGAAAACAAUAAACUGAAGAAAAUGAA